UAAUGUUAGGGGUUGACGGUUUAAAAAGAUAAUCUGAAAGCAUACUUUUCCGUUAAAACGUAUCCCUUUCCAGCCUCACACAAAUUAUUCCUCACAACAUUCUCUCUCUCUCUCUCUACACCAACAACAGUCAUUCACUGCAAAUUCAUGUCGGAGGAGAACGGUAGGCCGUUGCCGAAAUUUGGGGAUUGGGAUGUAAAUGAUCCUGCAUCAGCCGAGGGUUUUACUGUGAUUUUUAAUAAGGCUAGGGACGAGAAGAAGACAGGCGGGAAACCGGACUCGCCAUCGAAUGGGGAUCCUGGUGUUAAGAAUGCUGCUACGCCUGUAAAGAAGCCUCCAGCUAAGAAAUGGUUUUGCUGCAUGCAAGCACCUCAUGCAGAAUCUUAACAUGGUUGUUAGCUCGGCCUGUAGGUGCUCCGGUACUGGCCCGGCUCGACCCGAUCCAACUACUUGGAUUCUGUGUGUUACAGGGUGAGUCUUCUAAUGGGAAAAGGAAGACUUUGAAAUAUGUCUAUAUUACAGAUUGUGGAGUUCCUUGCUCUUUUGUGUGUGUUGUCUGUCAUGAGUCAAAAGCAAGGGUCAUGUGUAGCUGUUUCGACCAAUUGCUUUGGUUUUACCUUUGGAAACUUUAAUGUUAACAGAUUUUGUGAUGGAUGAUCAUUGUUUGUUGGGGUUUCAUUUGGUACUUACUAUUGGAAUAUUAUAAUUUGUAAUUAUGUAGUUUAAGUA